GAGGAACUGGGCUUUGCACUGCCGGGUCGGGGCGAGCUCCGCUGUCCCCGCUGCCCUCCCGCCGCCGCUCCGCGCUCGCUGGCGGGCAGGGAUGGGGCGGGCACGGGGAGGACGCGCCGGGGGCCAGGACGGGUCCCUGCAUCCCCCCCGGCAGCCCCUCCGCUCUCCCGGGCACCCCCCGGCCGCUCCUUCCUCCUGCUGCAAAGGGAUGCGCUCGGCAGGGCUGCCCGCUGCCUCGCUGCGGGCUUGAAAUAGAGGCACCCCCCUUUGCUUGGAGAGCCCCCCCCAGCCCUGCUCUGAGCCCCCCAUCUGCUUCUUGGAGGCUCCAUCGCCUGCUCCAAGCUCCAUCCCCUUUCUCAAGCUCCCCAGUCCCUUCCUCAAGCCCCUUUGCCCUUCCCUGAGCCCCCUUCCCCUGCUCCAAGCCCCAUCCCCUUCCUCAAGCUGCCCAGUCCCUUUCUCAACCCCCUAUCCCCUUUCUCAAGUCUCCUUCCCCUGCUCCAAGCCCCCAUCCCCUUUUUCGAGCCCCCUACUCUGAGCCCCCAUCUCCUUGUUCAAGUCCCCCAUUCGCUGCCCCAAACCCCCACCCCCUGCCCUGACCCUGCUUCCCUGAGCCUCCCAUUCCCUCCCCUGAGCCCCCUGCCCCAAAUCCCCCAGAUCCCCAUCCCCAGAUCCCUCUCCAGGAUGAUUUUGCUGAGCUGUUUCCUGCACCUGCGGCCCCGGCGGGGCUGCGGCGCUCUGGCCGGGCUGGGCCGGGGGCUGGGCCCCGCCGCCGGGUCCCGCCGGGCCCUGCGGGUGCUGGUGGACAUGGACGGGGUGCUGGCCGACUUCGAGGGAGGCUUCCUGAAGAAAUUCAGGGCCAGGUACCCCGACAAGCCCUACAUUGCCUUGGAGGACCGGAGGGGCUUCUGGGUGUCGGAGCAGUACGGGCGCCUGGGACCCGAGCUGAGUGAGAAAGCCAUCAGCAUCUGGGAAUCCAAGAACUUCUUCAUCGAGCUGGACCCACUCCCUGGGGCUGUGGAAGCUGUGAAGCAAAUGGCAAAUUUGGCAGACACUGAUGUGUUCAUCUGCACAAGCCCAAUCAAGAAGUACCGGUACUGCCCUUAUGAGAAGUAUGCCUGGGUGGAGAAGCACUUUGGCCCAGAAUUUCUUGAGCAGAUUGUUUUGACACGAGAUAAGACAGUGGUUUCUGCUGAUCUGCUUAUAGACGACAGACCUGAUAUAACAGGGGCAGAGCAGAACCCCAGCUGGGAGCACGUGCUCUUCACUGCCUGCCACAACAAGCACCUGCAGCUGAAGCCCCCCAGCCGCCGGCUGCACUCCUGGGCUGAUGACUGGAAGGCCAUUCUGGACAGCAAACGCCUCCCACCCGGCCAGGCCACCUAAACCCCGGCCCCCACGGCCACCUGGGGCUGCAGCCACCUGCCUGUGUCCCUGUGGAGUCCUGCUGAAGGCCACAACCACGGGUGGACAGACAGACAGACGCUGUCCCUGCUGCACAGAGGAAGAGGAGGGUGAGCUGAAGCGCCACAGUCACCUGGACUUGAAAAACAGACCCCAGCCCAGGAUUGUGCCUGUGGACCUGACAGCCUGGCUGGGGGGCAUUGCCCACUGGCUCCUGGGGUCUCUGUGCUGCAUCUGCACCCCCACAGGGCCAGCCUGGUGCUCCUGAUGGACAAGGUCACCCUCAGGGUGUCACUGCCCUUGCCUGGGGCACUGCAUGGCACAGACCAGCUCUGCAUCCUCCCCUCCACGGCAUGGUCAGGGAUCAUGUGUGUGCUUUGUUUAGUCCUUGCAAGGUUUCAUCCCAAGGGGCUGCCUCAGGAGAUCUCUCCCCCUGGCAGUGCCUGAGUCUGGGGAGAGGGGUGGCUGCAAGGGCAGGGAGAGCAGGCAGGGGCUGUCCAGGCUCCCUGCACUGGCAAUUGUCACAAGCACAUCCCUGGAUGCUGUCUGCAGUUCUCACAUAUUGCAAGGGAAGACGCUGUGGGGAUGUUGCUGUUAAAGGCUGGAGAGCUGUGCAGGUUUCAGCCAGGGUAGAGUUAAUUUUCUUCACAGAAAAUAGAGCCCCAUACAAGCUGCUGUGAAAAAAAUUAACUCUACCCUGACCCAAAGCAGCAUGGGAGCCCAGGAGAGGUGCCCAGGGUGGUUUGUUCUGCAGCUCCACCAUGAUCCCAGCUCUAGGGACAGAGCAUGCUGUCAGCUCCCUCUGCCAGAGGACAGUGCAGGGGCUGCUGAGCUCUGGGAGCAGCCAGCUCUGCUGGGCAGCUGCAGUUAGCCCCAAAAAGGGAGGGUUUAGACCAAGGGGCAGCUCCAAGAGGAAUGGUUUUGGCAUAGCUGUGCCCACAGCCUCUUUCUCCCUUGCUUGUCUCAUUUUUGCUUCUCUGAGCCUGCAGCAGUCCGGCCUUGAGCUUCAGUGACCUGUCUGGCAGGAGAAAGCUGCUGCUGCUGCUGCUCCUGGCCUCAGAGAGACAUCCCAGCUGCUGGGAGAGCCUGGGAUCCCCUCCCUGCCUGUGGCACUGCCACAGGGCAGCCACAGCCUGGCUGUCCCCAGUGGGAGCUGGUGCUGGGCCACCCCAGGCAGAGCCCCAGGGAUGAGCUGGGUGUGUCACUGCUGACACCACAGAGGCCAUUGGGCCCCACUGUUGUGUGUGCCCACGUUGUCCAGGACCCCACUGCCCUCCUGGCCCAAGGACUUGCUGGCUGUAGCAGUAAAAUUCCCCACUUGGACAUUUAGCGCAGGCAGAGGUGGUAGCCAGGGCUUGGCUGGGAUUUGCCACCCUGCACCCCGUGCUCACACCUUUGCUUUGCCUCUCUGCUCUCCUGUGGAUCCCCAUCAACCAGAGGACGUGAACUUGAAGCUACAUAACCAACAAAUAAUGUAAUUCAGCAGUGGCAGCCAGACCCCUCCUGUAGCCAGGAGCUGGAGGGGUUCUGGAGUUGGUGCUUUGGAACCUGUGCCUUCCCUGGGUGCUGCAGGGCCAGGGAUGGGGCCUCUGUUGACUUUGGGGCUUGCCCUGUUACAAAGUCAGCAUGGUUGGCCCAGGGCAGUAGGACUUACAUACCACAAACAUCUUUUUUUCUUUUUUUUUUUUUUUUUUUUUUUUUUUUUUUUUAAUUUUUCUUUCCUGUUUAAACCACUGUGUGCUUCUCUGGGCGGUGGGUUUGGUUUGGAGGGGUCUGUUUAGGAUGUGCAGCCCCCUGGCCAAGAGCUGGCUGUGGGGUUUGCAGGCUGGGAACUGGGACAGUGUGGGAGCACCAUGGGCAGCUGCUGCAGCUGCUGAACAUCAGGAACCCCCUGGCUCCACCAGCCCUCCACCAGCUGUUGGCCCCUCUGUGCAGCCAGGGUGACCUCAUGGGGUCCAAGCUGGUUUUUUUCUGAUGGUACCAUGUAAAUAUGAGCUGCCCAAGCUCCCCAGAGCCUUCUCCCUGCUUAUUGAGCCAAAAUGAGCUGGCACAUCUCUCCAGCAGCUGCCCAAACCUCUCAUCUUCCCCCAAGGCUGGGGCAGACCCGAGGGAUGUGGCUCUCUGGGGUCAUCAGGACUUUUCCCCAUGGUAAGAUGUGAUACCAGAGAUAAAUACACCACACCAAAUAUACUUGAAAGCAGAGCUGGAGUUUCUCAUGCCUGAGGCUCCAGCUCCAUGCACAGAGAUCCUGAGCUGGUGGCUGCACUGUUUGCUCCCACACUCGGGACCUGGAGGUGACUCCAUUGCUGGUGGAUCUGCCCGUUCGUCCUUCAAGCCUGUCUGUGUCCAGCUGAGAUACAGAGAGCUUUUGGUUUUGAAUGUACAUCUAUAAACCUGAGGCAAACGAGGAGCACUGCAAUAAACACUGGGUUGUUUGGCAUCCAGCUGCCUGGAAAUGGAGUUUGGGGUUUGCAGUUUUCCAGCUGUGGCUCUGUGUGGGGAUGGGAAGGGUUUUCACCUCCAGGUUUGGGAAUGUUCCCUUGUCCAGAAAACCUGGAAUCAGCCCUGCUGCCCUGGCAGUGCCAUCAGCCUGUUAGACACAGUCCUUGUGGGCAGAAAUAAAGCCAAG